CCGCGCGGCGCUCACCGCUGCCCUCUCCUUGCAGGUUCAUGGACAAGAAGCUGUCGUUGAAGCUGAACGGCGGCCGGCACGUGCAGGGCAUCCUGCGGGGCUUCGACCCCUUCAUGAACCUCGUCAUCGACGAGUGCGUGGAGAUGGCGGCGGGCGGGCAGCAGAACAACAUCGGCAUGGUGGUGAUCCGAGGGAACAGCAUCAUCAUGCUGGAAGCUUUGGAACGAGUGUGAACCCCUGGAACCCCAAACCCCGACCACCGGCUCCCUUCCCUCAUCCAAGAUGCCACCCACGAGUGUACAAUUAUUUUGGUUUUGUUAUUAAAUCACUUUUGUAAUGGUUGACCUAA